ACCUCAACACUACAACACAACAUCACUUUCCCCAUUAAAAAUGGCUCUAAAACCUCAACCCAACCCCCUGCUCAUCUCCCUCCUAUUCCUGACCCUUGCCCAAACCUCCCUCGCCGCCGGGAUCGCCGUCUACUGGGGCCAAAACGGCAACGAGGGCACCCUCGCCAACACGUGUGCCACCGGAAAAUUUUCCUACGUCAACGUCGCAUUUCUUAUUAAAUUCGGCAAUGGUCAGACCCCCGAGAUCAACCUCGCGGGCCAUUGCAACCCGGCGGCCAAUGGGUGCACCAUUGUGAGCAACGGCAUACGGUCUUGCCAAAGCCGCGGCAUUAAGGUCAUGCUCUCUAUUGGUGGAGGUGUUGGAAGCUACACCCUAGCUUCGGACGCCGACGCCAAAAAUGUCGCAUCGUAUUUAUGGAACAAUUUUUUGGGUGGACAGUCAUCGUCGCGUCCACUUGGCGACGCGGUAUUGGACGGUAUUGAUUUUGACAUUGAGCUUGGUUCAACACAAUACUGGGAUGCUCUAGCAAAGUAUUUAUCAGCCUAUAGUACGGUUGGUAAAAAAGUGUACCUAACAGCCGCACCACAAUGCCCAUUUCCUGAUAGGUUCCUAGGGGCUGCCCUUAACACGGGCCUUUUCGACUAUGUUUGGGUCCAAUUCUACAACAACCCUCCUUGUCAAUACACUUCUGGCAACACAGACAACCUCAAAAACUCAUGGACUCGGUGGACUACGUCGAUAAAUGCCGGGAAGAUAUUUUUGGGGUUACCGGCGUCUACGCAGGCUGCCGGAAGCGGGUUCAUCCCGGCGAAUGUGUUGACUUCUCAGAUCCUUCCGGUGAUUAAGGGGUCGCCUAAGUAUGGUGGUGUGAUGCUUUGGUCAAAAUAUUGGGAUGAUCAAAGUGGAUAUAGCUCCUCUAUUAAGAGUAGUGUGUGAAUUGAACUGUGUUUUUCUUUGUUUAGUGGUUUUACCUACCAUAGUCUGAUAUAAUUUUAAUAAUUUGGGUACUCUUUUGUCUUUUUGUGAUUGUCUGUGGUUGUUGUUGACUUAACUUAUCUUGUUUGCCUGUUUGGCCCAUAAAAUUAGUAGUGCUUUCUUGUC